AGCCGUUGUAUUGUGAUAAAAUUUUAAAUAUCAAUCACAAAUAAUUGAAUUUAACUUUUUAGUUUUUACCAUACGAACUACUUACUACCAACUUAGUUCGAUAACAAUUAAUUGGUUUUCAUACAAAUUAAUACCAAUAGAAAUGGUCUUCAAAACUUUCCACAAAGGGAAAUAUUUUAUUUCCUUUAAAAGAGGAUUCGAUGAAAGUAAAAAAGAUAUCACAAUAACAGUUGAUAAAUUUUUUCAGACUGAUACUUUAAGAUUGACGUUAUCUGACGAUGAUGAUCCUGCAUUUUUGUGCAAAAUUAACUUAACACGUUGUGACUACGAAGAAUUAAAGAAACAACAAGGACUUCUUAUUGAUUUUGAUAACUUUCCAUCUCAAGUUGUUAGAUUAUUACAGCAGUGUGCAACAAAUAAUAUGUUCCUCAUUAUACAACAAAUUACACCAAUUCAGUACAACUUUGAAGUGGUGGAGCACAAUGAAUUCAGACGAUUAAUUCAUUUAUGUCUUAAGACAGGCCCGGCCAGUGAUAAUGAAGUGAAACAGCAUAUGGCUGAAACUAUAGGAGAGUUAAAAAAGUCACUAACAAACCUUAAAUGUUUAGCUUCUUCAAAUGAAAUGAUGUGGAAUGAAAAAUAUUCAAACAUGGAAGCAAAAGUUCAUGAUCUAACUCUAACUGUUAGCAAAAUGGAAGAAGAUAAACUAAGACACGAAAAAGAGUUUCAGGAAGCCAUGAAACUAGAAAAAGAUCGCAUAGCCCAGGAAAAAGUUCAGUGGCAAACGAAUAAUGAUAAUCAUACAAAGAGUCUGCUUAAUACAGCUCAAGAAACCAUUAACAAAAAAGAAAAGCAGAUAGAUGACUUAAGUUACCUCAAUAAACAAUUGCAAGAUAAUACCAGACAACUUGAGAAUCAAAUAAGUGACAAAGCCCAAAGAUUGACAUUAGUUGAAAAAGAAGUACAAAAAUCUCAUAUUGAGGUUGCUACACUCAAAGCAAAGAAUGCGGCUUUAGAGCGAGACAUUAUUGAAAAAGAAAAACAAGUCAAUCAGUUAUGCUCAAAAUCAAAUUAUUUGGAAAAGGUAACUAAAGACAAUUCAGAUGUAAUAAAAGAAUUGAAUGAAAACAUACAGACACUAAAAAUGGAAAAGGGUAGCUUAGAAAGAAGAUUGACAAUAAGUGAAUCAUUGGCAAGUAAAAAUAAUGAAGCAGCACAGUCCACAACAGAACAGCUGUUAAAAGCUAAUCAGAUUAUAUCGAAGCAAAACAAUGAUAUAAUUGAAAUGAAAGACAAGCUUCUAUGUAGAACUGCUAUAGCACUAGAACAAGAAAAAGUUAUUGAACGUAAUAUGAAAGAGAUACAAGAUUUACGAUCUGAAUUAGCUGUAACAAAAGAAAGUGUGGACAAACUUCGUAAAGAACUUGAUUCUCUUAAGGAAAAAAAUAACAGCAAUGAACAAGCUCUCCUAGACCGUGAUGAAACAAUAAAAAAUAACAAUAUGGUAAUUCAGUGGCUUCACAAAAAGAUUGAAGGAAUUGAUGCCACAGACUAUAUGCAAAAUAAAAGUCGAAAAGGACUUCAAACAGGGAGUUCAACUCCAUACUCACAAACAAAAAAUAUUCAAAACAAUUCAUCUCAAGGUACAGAUGAAUCUAUCAAUUUUUAUGCCACAUCUAAAUUGUUGAGUAUUGAUGAAAGUCCUCAGCCUUCUGCACAAAAUAAAAAAGGAUUAGAUCCGAAAUAUUUAGAACCUUCAACAGAAGAAAAUCAAGCACUACGCAAAGAUAUUCCAAGGCCAAUUUCAACUCUUAACAAGAAGGGCAAAGAAAACAAAUGUAUUGAGUUGCCAAAAGUUGAUUAUAGAGAAAAAAAAUCUUCUAGGGCAACAACAUAUCGAGCCACACCAAUCUCUGCAUAUUUUCCAUGAUUUGUAAAAAAAAAAUUUGUAAAAUAUGUAAAUACAAUAUAAACAAAU